GAACGCUCAUCAAAGGGGCCGACAGGGUGCAGCUGCAGUUUACGCUGAUGAAAAAGUUAGUGGCGUGUGCUUGUGAUAAAAUAGAUAAGUGUUUAUAUCAGCGAUAAAAAUUACACAACUUCAUAGAAUUGAAGUUAAAUAUAUUCUUCGAUUGUUCUUUUUUUAUGGAUAUUUAUGCUGUCACAUCAUUGAAGGCUAGAUUAUAUAAAUAAGUGUUGUUAUUUUUUUAAUAAGUAAAGUUAAGAAAGAAGGCUCCAAGAAGGGGAGAUAAUUCUUGGCGUCAGUUAUGUUCAGUUACGGAUAUUUCUGAUGAUUUUUAUUGUAUUGGCUACUGAGUGUGUUUAUGUAUGAAGAAAGCAUGCUUGAUUUUUUUCAAGAAUUAAAAAUCCUAUUUUCAUAUACUUUAAGCGUUGAAUCACAAAAUGGCAAUUUAGGAUAUGCUGUUGUCGAAAUACAUUGAUCAAAGAAUAUGAAGUGAUUGUAAUAGCUGACCCAUUUGUUUUAUCUUUUCUAAUAAUAUGGUGAUGGCAGGAAACGAAACUGCGUCAAGUGCCUUGGCAGAUGACGCAUUAUCCGCAAGACUACAAUGGCUACGUCAACGCCGAGAGGCCCUACAAGAGAAACUUACACAAAAGAAUAAUGAGUUGAAAAACUUAUGUGUGGAAGAGGCAGAAAUAACAGGAGUUUUACCUCCAGAAAUACCUCUGGAACCUGGAGAAAGUCCUCCAACUUUUCAUAAGAAAGUUGCAUUUAUAUAUCCACAAAAACCAGUUAAUGUACUGAAGACAGCUGAUGUUGAAGAGUCAGAGUUGGAAUUGGAAAGGCAGGUACAACUCGGAAUUGUAGAAACUGCGUUGAGUAUUAUUCAUGAUUCUACAGAGAGCAAGGCUACACGACGCAAGCAUAGACUUGCUUAUCAGCAAAGUCAGCGACGACUUCAAGAAUUAGAGACAGAAUUGAACUUCAUAAGACAGAGUCGUGGAAAAGGACAUCGACCGACGCAAUUACCGACUCACACGGCAAAUUAUAAUACGCAACCACAUUCACACGUUAAUGUAAAACACAGGACAAAAAAACCACGACCACCACUCGAUAGCACAGGAAAUGAAGUAACUACUCCAAAAUCUACUGGAAGAGGUGUGCUCCAUGAACCUGGUAUUAGUCUGAGUCCAUUGGCAGCUGAAGACAAACCAAAUACAUAUUCCGGACAUGGUUACGAAGAGCAAUCGAAUAUACCAAAUAUCUGCAAUCAUCAUCAUCACAGUAGUACUUAUCCUCGUGUAAGCCCUGUGGAUCAUCCAAAUAUUAAGAUCGUCGAGCAUGAUCACAAUGAUAAUCACAACGUCUAUAUUUUGCCGGAUCAAUACCGUGCUCGUACAUAUUCUCACGGAAGCAGCGGAUCUCGGGGUCACUAUCCGGACACCGAGAGAACUUAUCGACCUUACGUGCCGAAUACCUACACUGAGGACGAGCGUCAAAUGCGGUAUCGGCAAUUUCAGCAUCUGCAAAAGCAACAGCAGUUGCAGGAGAGCCAUAGAUCACAAUAUACGGGUUCUAUUGAGUACAAGCACCUGGAUAACGCAGAUAUCGUGCGGAGAACGAGCCAGGGAACUUACGACAGAGACUUUCGUGCGUCACAUUAUACGCCUAUCACUGAUUAUCAGAUGUAUUAUAAAAAUAAUACGCAAUCUCAGCAGGCUUUACUGAGGCGAGAUCGCGAUUCGUCUUCGACCGGGGGCAAGAAUGUCCCGCGACACACCACUAUCAGCAGUGCAUCGAUGGAAACACAACUGCUGUCUGGCUACUGGGUGCGUCACAACGAUGACAUUCACUGGGUGAGUGUCGACGAGCCUGACAGAUUCGGCAGUCUGGACCGUAGACGACGGAAUGCUCAUCACAACAGCGUUGGAUCACCUUCGGAUGUGCAAUCGCGUUAUCGCACAGUCGCCGUAACGGGUGUUAAAGGCUCGCCUGGCAGCAGCAACGUCGUCGCGUCGUCCAUAUCCAAUCAGCACCACUCUGUUCAUCUGUUACCACUAGUCGAGCAACAAAUGCCGAACAAUCACAACAAGAUGCUGCUACGUACACAGUCUUUGGGAAGCGUCGAGACCUGGCAGUCGGGUUAUUCUCACGAUUCCCACGAUAGCAAGGACACGACGGCUGCGGAAUACUCCAAUAACAAUAAUAAUAAUAAUAACACCAACAACAAUCGUAAGAGUCGUCAGAAGGAAUGGUACGAAACAUCUGUGGACUCAGGAGCAAGCUUGGAUCGCAAUUUAAUUGCCGCUCAUAAGAAUACGCUCGUUUAUCAAUCGAGUCCUCCGCCAAUUCGCAUCAAGACAGUCAGCAACGAAAACGGGAGGAGUCAAACGAGCGGUGGGUCGCAGCCUAAUAUGAGUCCGGUGACCCGUCACAAGAGGGACAAACCUGAGGAAUGUCGACAACACACAAUACAACAACCUCAUUACGAACAGCCUGCGACGAGGCCGAAGGUCCUGGAGAUACCCGCCGAAUCGAAACCUUCUCUGGACGUCUGCGACGACGCGUCGAUACGACCGUCAACCUUGGGUUCGCCGCAGAACUGCACGGUUGUGCAACCGGGGAAGUAUCAGCCAUACAGAGAAGUGACGAAGCCCUUCGAGAUGUCGGACUUUUACAAAUAUUCGACGAAAUUCCGCAAGAGGAAUGAAGUCGCUGCGCAAUCUCAAGCCGGAAAUGAUUCCCCUCUCCAGGAGAAUCGUUCCACGGAAAUUGGUUCCAACGAUUUGUCCAGGAAUCCCAAUACCUACAACUUUGCGCAAAACAUCGACAACGUUACCGCCAGUCCAGUACAAAGAAGACUCUAUCAGCCAGUGCAGCGCAUGACUUGCCAGCCUUAUCGUUGAGAUAAUAAUUGGCAUAGAGCUUAUUUGUGCUAUCACUAUUGUUAGUUAUUAUUAUACACACGUAUAAACACACGCCUAUGAAAUUUAAACGACGAUAGGCUGGUCCUAUUGAUAAAUAUAUCUUUUUUAGUCAA